AUGAAAAAACAGAAAGAAAUAACAAGUAAUAAUAAUUAUUUACAACAUAUUAAUUUCACAUGUUCCUAUCAACAUGAAACAUCUAGUUUAGCGGCAUGGGGUAAUUCAUCUAAUCUACCAAUGAAUUCGAGAAAGAUCACUGAUAUCGAUAUUGCAAAAUACACCAAAGAUAACUGGGAAUCUGUAAGACACGAAUGGGAACCUUACGCUAAAAGAGAUACGUUAUGUCUUGGAAGUUGUUUGAUAAAAUAUAACCAAGUCACGAAAGAAGUUGUAAACCAAAAUAUGUCCAACAACCUAACGGCUCCAUCUUUAUCUUUUAAGGGUUGGUAUUAUUUGUAUCAUUACGAUAAAGAAAUGGUUGAAGAAGAAUGGUAUGAAACUACUAGAAUGGUUCCGAAACAUACUGAAAAAGAUGAUAUAGAAAAAGUUAAUUUGCACACUAAUCCUUUUAUAAGACAUUAUAUCAGACGAUCUAUUAAAGGAGGAAGAGUUUCGGCAAAUAGAAAAAUAUUUGAAACGAAGAAAAUGGAUGAAAUUUGUAAUGUAUUACGGGAAUCUAUUUCACAAAGUGAAACACAAAGUGAAACUGAAAGUAUUUCACAAGGUGAUAAUUCACAAAGUGAAACACCAAGUGAAACUGAAACAAUGUCGGAUUUAGACAGUGAAUAUCCAAAAGCAGAAAGUGGAAGACCUUUUCUACCACAAGAAGAGAGAAAAUUUUUAAAACUCUUCAAUGAACAGAAAUUUAGACCUAGAACAGCUAUUUUAACAGUGUGGUUUAAAUAUCCCAAAAACAUGUUCUUCCAACCAAUACCAGCUAAAGAUAAUCGUGCGCGGACAUUACGCACCCAGAUAAUUCCCGCCCGGACACUUCCCGCCCAGCCAAUUGCCACAUUUCGCACCAGGACUAUUCACAUCAGCACAACUUCCACCCGAGACAUUUCGCACCCGGGCACUUUGCACCCCGGACAAAUUCCACCUAGGACAAUUUCCCACCGCGACAUUUCGCACCCGGGCACUUUGCACCCAGGACAAAUUCCACCUAGGAAAACUUCCACCCGAGACAUUUCACACCCGGAUACUUCACACCAGGACGAUUCACAUCCAGGAAAACUGCCAUCCGGAAAUUUCGCACCCGGGCAGUUCGCACCCAAUUUUUGCUCCCAUUAUAAAAAUAUUAAAAACAUAGGGCAUGAAUUGAUAGAAGAAGAAAAAAGUUAUGAUUGUGGUAAAUAUUUGAUGCAAAGAGCUUGUAAUGGCUCUUUGGUGGCGUACAUGUUUACUAACUAA